GUUCUGAUCGUUUCGUUGCUCGAAAUGGAGCUGAAAUGAAAGUUUGUGCGCUAACUGUAACGUCUCGGAUAUUUCGUUGUGCCAGGAAUUAGUUUAUGUGCUGCCGAUUUGGUGUUGUUCUAGAUUGGUACGGCCGGUGGAUGCUAAUAGCUAACGGUGAGUGGAGGUCGGAUGCAAAACUAGCAAAAGCGGUAUUGCUAGUCGAAGAUCGUCGUUGCGAGCGUUGUAGUAGUUGUCGUUGCUGUGUUUUAAGGUGUAUAUUCAUUGCUUAAUUAUAGCUGUGCGUUAGGCGUUCUUCUAAGCCUUCUGAUUCACGGAAGUUCCCUGAGGCUGAUCAACUUUAUCCUCUCUUAAUAUCAAGCGAAUGAGUGCAAACUUAGAUUUUGUCUUUCCUACCAAUAGCUGUUUGGGGCUUUUCAACUCUUCGUCUGUUGAAGAAAUCAGAAAUUUGCCAAAAAAAAGUUUUAUUUAAGGUUGAUCUGUGGUAGUCACAUUGCUGUUAAUUUAUUUCAACUGUGCGCAGUCUCGUUUGCUAGUUCUUCUUGGGAGAUGUAUCCAAUUAAGCCUAUUAGCAGUGUCAGAAAAUAAGUGGAAAAGGCAAGUGCUGAAAAUAUGCGUGUUACGAAUGAUUAUUAAGUAAGAAUAUAAAUGUGGAAGCAUCUAGUCCGGAAUAUCUAGUUGCCAGAUAUCUAUAGUAGUUGUAUAACUCAACUCUAAUGUUGUUUUGGGUGAAAAUUUUACAUCUUCCAUCAAAUUAGUGUUAACUUGAAAAAGUCAUGCUGCAGAUCAAAGCAGUUUAAAGUGCAUAAAAAGAAAAUUGCGUUCAACGCAUAAAUUAGUUGAAAGUUGUCGUUUUCUGCUUGAACUGUUACAAUAAAGGCACAACGGCUGCCUCACUGCGCUUACAACAGACCCCAUGUGGCCGGAUGGUGUCCAGCGUCUUCGGUGGAAGUGAUUGGACAUCUCAUAAGGGACCCAUAUUCAAAGGAGAGAAUACAAAUAUCCCAUCGAUAGGGUGAUCCGAUCGAUUGAAUGAAUGGAUGUUGAUUCCUCGGGAGACCCAAAAUCAGACAACUGAGAAAAUGACGGUUCAGUCAAACUUUGACUCACCCCAGCAGCACCAUCGUGUCAUGGAUCAUUAUCACCAGCGCCAUGAUCCGGCCUACAACAUUACUAGUGCCGAGGUGAUCGAUUACAACAGCGACAACAGCAUAGCGGUGUUGCAGCAUCACCACCGCUAUAUGCCAUCCAGUUCCAGUUCCUGUGAUAACACUAAACAUCACCCGAUGCAGAGUUCCAGCGUUCCGGGGUCUUGUGACGAAAAUACUCCUAGUGUAGUAGAUGUUAAUAUAGAUACUAAGAAGAUAGCACUAUCCAAUGCAACCAAUUCGAGACUGAACUCCCCCGCAAGGUUCGAAACUGAGCGGAAGUACACAAAUCACAUCGAGGUAUACAGUGAUCACACGAACAAGUUGGAAGAGGAAAUAUCCGAGGAUGAUCGGGGACCGCCACUUCCACCGCGACCUGCCCCAAGAACACGGACCCUGCAGCGAGUUGAAAGUGCCACAACAACGCCCGGCGUGCGGAAAUACGUCAUCUGGUGUCUAAUAUGUGGAGGAAUAUCGUGUCUGUUGGGGAUUUUGUUUUUGGGAAUCUACUUCCUGCUGAGGUCGUACACCAGCACCGUGGGAUAUUUCGAAACCGUACCAACGUUCGUUCCUGCUACACUGCUAAUGGUCACGGGUAUAUGCAUAAUGAGUCUGGCGAGACGAAGAAACCGAUAUAGUUACUUGAUUAAACUCUCCGGAGCCUGUGGACUUGCAUCGGCACUAACAUGUGCCCUCGUGACUGUUACUACAACCGUACUACACAUGAGCCGCCUUCAGGUUUUGCGUGAGUGUGAGUAUACUCAGAAAACUCGCACUUGCACAUGUUACUCGGUGACGGCAGAAAAGCAGGCGGAAGGAAUCGACGAUAACGUUCGAUUUGUCUUCGACUCCACCUCCGAUUGUGGAGUUGUCCACGGAGCACUGUAUUCCUGUUUGCGAGCAGUGUUUGGACUCUCUGUGGCUGGCGUGUUAGUGGCAGUAUUUAGCUGUAUGCUCGUGUAUCAACUGCUGAGUCAUGAACGAAAGAAAAUGUACUGGGAGCAAUUGGAAUUAAGAUGUCGAUCGUUAUACUCUGGACAGCAGGGACCUACGGUGCUACCAUCCGGUCCAAUGUUGGGAGGAACACGCAAUGGCAACUGUCGAUGCUGCGAGCAGUGUCAUGCCCACCGGAAUGUGAUGCCAUCUUCCUAUCCAUGGGAAGGCGACCAGAGAUUCUGGACUCCGGGACAGGCGGGAAACUUUUACUCACCCAAUCCAGGUGGUGAGGAGAAUUCAAGUGGCAACAGGCUUAAUCAGAACGGUCGAAGAAUACCCGGAUGGAGUUGGCCUAGAAUGCCAUGGCAGCGUAAUGACGCUCAACGAAUGUCCCCACAUAGCCCAGACUCUCAGUAUGGGUUUUCAAAUAGAGGGACUGCACAAGAUCCGGCGUCCAUAGCAUCCAAUCAACCGCGUUAUAACGUUAUCGAACAACAGUACGGAAUAUGGGGUCCUCCGCCACCUUACAGCGAUCCUAACAGCCCAGCUCGCCGAGGCCGCUAUCAGUAUAUCCAUCCAGCUCAGUGUCAACCUAUGAUCGAGCAAAACAUUCCACCCACAAAUAUAGCUAUAUUGGAAUGCCAUCAACAUCCGAUGGCAUCCGAGAAUCAUUCCAUCCAACAGUUUGGCAAUCCUUCCCAACAUAAUGUGUUUCGAAAUCCAGGAAAGCGUCAGACAUUCAAACCGGCCAAGGAUAAUUAUGAAAACACUCCUUCAGAUAGUGACGGUCCUAGAGAUCGCUUCUCGAACACUCUUCCGCUUCGGAAAACCAAAAAACGUGUGGAAGCUGGUGCAAAGAGUAUUGGGCCGAAUCAACCGGCUACAAGAGUUAAUGUUCAAAAUGUGUUCAGCUCAGAUGCAUCGUCAGGACAGCAUAACUCGGUGGAAACGUCAGAGAACGAAUAUAACGAACCAUCGCUUCCAAACAACGAGCCUAGCUGUAGUAGUCAACCUGCUGCACAGCAUGUGAAAACGAGGAGAAUAAAAGCGGGCGUGGAGAAUACAGGAUUUCAGACGGUGGAAGCCCUGGAAGCAGAUGCCAUGAAUGGCAAAAUGAUGGAACCAACAGAGUCGGAAGUAUACUUUGCUGACGUGAGUAGCUGUUGUAAUAUGUCGGUGAAGAAUGAUAACUACUACGAAGAUACUAACCAAAGACGUAAGAAUGUGAAGGAUAAAAGCAAGCAGGUCCCAGAGCAGCAAGAGUUUAGUAAAGAGCAAGCAGAUGACUAUAUCGCACAAAGAUUUGGAAAACGGGAACCAUCCGUUCGCAGCAGGCUACCCUUCCCACAGGUGAUUCCCGAGAAGUUCGAAAAGCCGGCUGUGAUGCCGCGUCCUUCUCUAAUGCACAAGGAUAUCUCUCGACAGAGUAUGUGUUCGGUGGAAUCGGGUGAGAAGACAGACUAUACCGACUUGUCACCCGCGACCCCUAGUACAAACUUUCCUACGAUAACAUAUCCACAGCAGGAACCAAGUAACAAUUUGAACGCCUCGAGUAAUGGUCCCACCAAUUCGCCCAGCGCGGUAACUGAUUUCGCGUCGGAGCCCAACAGUUCAAAUUUUAUUGCAUCCUAUCCGUACUCAUCUAACGAGCAAAGUCAAGAGGCCCACCGUCGUUCAACGAAAAACUUACAGGAUAUUUUCUUGGCACCUGACUCACAGUACGAGGACAUGUCCGCCCAGUUUGCCUACAUACCGAGCCAAUUCCCUCCAGGGACCCGAGAACACGUCAGUUAUCAGCAUCAAUAUCCCAUGUCACAGACACCGCAGCAGCAACCGCAACACAAAUCGAAAUCACCCAAAAAUCUUAACAUCACUCCAAUCAAGCGACAAAGUCUGGGGACCAACAUUAGUUCAAUCAUUCAGAAUCUCAGCGGCAGCGAGUCGGGUCUUCUAUAUCCGGAGGGGCGGAAUAGUGGCACCCUGACCACUGGCAGUGGUGGUACAAGCGGAAGCGUUCCCGGAACUAUAGGGUUGCGGGAGAUGGAGCACAAUCAACGGAUUCGAUCGACGAAUGAGGACGAGAGUAGCAGCAAUGACGAGAACGACGACUCGGAUGUUACCGAUCGACGUCGAUUGUGAGAUGAAGUGUAUGUGUGAGUAGACCCUGUUUGAAAGCACAGCAUCGGGCACUGUAUAGUGAGGCUAGGGGUUGAAUUCACCAUUCGUGACAGUUGAUUGCGCGUUUGUGUUUUGGGAAGAAGUGUUAGCAUUCUUGAAGUCUUCCUCAAGCUGUCAUCAAAGAAUCAUUUGAAGGGAGAAGUUUCAUUUGGGAUUUACCGAACUAUAUCUCAAAAAGAGCGGACGUUAGUUUUCCUGAAUGACCUAAUACAAAGAGCGGACGUUAGUUUUUCUGAAUGACCUAAUACAAGGAUCUUUCCUCAUAAAUUAUCUCCCGCUAAUGUAAUGACGCAAUUCCAUGUGAGUAUUUUGCGAUUUACCGUAUCAUUGGUAACUCAAAUUCGAUUUUUUAUGCGUUAGUUUCACUGAGCUGGGGUAUCCUAGGUAGGACAUACACACCAAAAUUUGGUUGUCGUUUUCAGCCAAAUUUUGCCGAAUUUUCAUCAGCUGAAAGUUUCAGCAAUUUAAUAUGCUGAAACUUCAGAAAUUUGAAUUUAAUCUAUUUGACAGAUUCACUUUGCUGAAAAUUCAGAAACUCAAGUUGUCAAAUUGACAGUGUGAGUACCGAAUUCACAGGAAUCCAGCCUGAAAUACGGAGAAGUUGGUGAUUGCGCUGUCAAUUUGACAAUCUCAAUUGCUGAUUUUCGGCGAAGUGAAUCUGACAAAUGGAUUCAAUUCAAAUUGCUGAACUUUCGGUAUCAUAGGCUGUGACCAUUUGGCGAUUUUUUUAAGCUUUUUAAAAUUCGACAGUUUAAGUUAUUUUCUCUCGAUUGGUAAAAUUUAACCGAAAGAGCGUAUCAUUUCAAAAGUUGACAUUUAGAUGGUUAUUUAGAAUUGACAGCUGCGAUGACCACAAGCUGGUAGAGGUGUAAACAUUUGUCGAUAUUUCGAAAUUAGUUUUUUUCUUAUUACAUUAAGCAUGACAGUCGCCUUGAAACGUAAACAUCCACAUCAUGAAAUAACCCAAACAAAUCUUGACACAGCACGUUAUCGUUUCCAUCUUUAUCCCUUCAUUUUGUAUAGAAAAAUAUUAGGCACAGAAAAUGUUUCCACCUUUUUAUUCUGCACCAUGGGCCAAAUCUUAACUACCGAGCUGUCAAAUUUAGCUACCGCUCUGUCAAUUUUAAGGUUGGACAGAGAAUGGGCAAAAAUCGAAAACGAAAAAAGCUGUUUUUUCCACACCGUGCGUUAGAUCUUCAUAAAAAUUAAUCAGCUUAUGUAGAAUGUUGUUACAGUAAUGCUGAUUGAUUUUCAUGAAGAUCUAACACACAGUGUGGAAAAAACUGCUUUUUCGUUUUCGAUUUUUGCCCUUUCUCUGUUCAACCUUAAUCAUUCUUCAGAGCAGGGCUAUUUUGCAAAUAACUUUCGAAGGGUUAGAUUUUAACCAAAAGUUAAAAAUUUCACCAAAUGGGCCACAGCCUUAGAUCACUAAAACUUUCAGCUAAAGAAAAUUCAGCAAAAUUUUGCUGACUUUCGGAGAAAAAAAAUGGUGUGUAGGGAUGUACAAUUGAUGAUCGAUUGGAAGCUUAUUCGUUUUCCAUGUUGCACUUUGCGGUAUACUGCAGACUCCUGGAACUAGAAACUUCUUAGCCGUAAAUAUACGAGCGACCUGAUUAGAAUUAUUACUUUUACUAAAACACUCCGCAGUCAACAUGUUUCUAUUGUAAAAAACAUUGAAAAUCUUUCCCUCCUCGUAAAUACAACAAAUAUAGUUAAUUAUUCUACAAUAAUGAUUCCAUGAUGUUAUAAAGCUGUUUCUACCAUAUUUGUUCCGUUAGCUGAAAACCAACUAGUAAAGAAGCAGCGUAGUAGCGAUAAUAUGUUUUGCCAAUUAUGAAAACGAUAGAGAAAUUGAAGAUUUUUUUUUAUGUUGGUAACCAUGUUGGCAAGAACUCGGUUCAGAGGUUCAUGUGAACAUGUGCUGGUCCAAAACAAUGAUUUUGCUUUCAAGAAGACCUUUGAUUUGGAAUAGGAAAUAGUUAACUAACCUCUGUUUGUCGCAUCAUAGUUUGUUAUAAAUGUGCUGUAGACUGUCCUGAAAAAAAUUAUAAAUCAAUCCUCAAUCCGGUGCAAAUUUGAGUCAGAUUGGUCCAAUCAAGUUGUUGUGUUUACUGUUAAUCUCUGCAUCUUUCUAAAAUCUAAACGGAGAAAUUCAAAUUGCCAUUAGGAGGCACUGUAGAUAAAAGAUCACCAUCAAGCGUUAGAUAGAAUAUGUCAUGAAUAAAGGACGAUUCAGACGAUACAUCAGCUUCCGUCAACGUCAACGGAACGUCACCGUUCCGUCAGGAUAAGUUACAUGCAGUUAAAUGGAGGCAUUCACACACAACAUCAACGGCACGGAACGUUUUGACGUACGGCACGUGUGAACGGACGCAAGAGAAAAGUAUUUAACUUAUCCUGAUGGAACGGUGACGUUCCGUUGACGUUGACGGAAGCUGAUGUAUCGUCUGAAUCGCGCUUAACUAUGUCGAAGACUGCAAAUAGAUCCGACUUCGUUAGGAAAAGUAGGAAACGUGUCGAUUAAGCCAAUUUGUUUUGUGUUCUGAAUGAAAACAAAUGGAACUUGAGUAAUGCACGUAGUCGGUUCACGCAAUAGCUGGGCUUCACUGAUUUCGACUAGACACUUCCGAUGUUUGCGUAUAUUGGUUGUGGGUCAUUUACCCCAUAGAGAAUAGGAAGAGAUACGAAUAGUGUGAAGUCAAAAUACCUUAUUGAGCAGACCAAUCAAGCAAAGUAAAUAAACAUACUUGUGCCUGGUUUGGAGGAGAUAAGUAUUCACAUUCAUUAAAAAAGAAACUUAUUUUUCGUCAGAAUUCAAUCAAAUCGUGGUUGUUGGAUGCAUUCUAGGGUAUAUGUAUUAUUAAAAACAAGCUUUACAUUUUUCGUCUAUUUUAAUCGAAAUACACAUCAUUUGUAAAACAAAUCUAACGAUCACAAUACGGUUUGUUCUCAAAAUAUAUUGUUUAUUGCUUUGAAAGUUGGAUUUUUGAUGCACUUCGCUAUCACACUUUUUUCACGGUUGCCAAAUGAAAUGAUAUGAAAUUGACAACAAAUUCACUUUCUUCGAACAAAUAAAUUAUAAAAACCGCCAUACUAACCUACCAGCUACUUAAAGUAAGAAGAAGUUUGUUUUUGACACUUUUCAAUGUCAAUAAUCUGUCAGGUCAAAGGCGUUGCACUUUUGAUCACACUUUUGAUUCAUCACACUUUCCAUACUGUGCAGUUGGAUUUGGUGGGAACUGUGGCAAUCCAUGAGACAUUUCUGAUCAGCUGAUUAUUUGAGUGAGUGCGAUGUCCGACAAAAUCGCCGAUUCGAUUCAACAUCAAACUAAUCGGGCUGACGAAAUAUGGUCGUUAGACGAGUUUUUUUUUUGUUCGCAGGAGCAAACUUGUUGAUAAAACCACUCGCUGAAUUAUCAAACAAACGUCGUGAUGGAUUGUCUAAUAAUAGGAGUCAUUUAAAGUGGGGAAGCGGUUGCCAAAAUGCUAGUGUUGAAAUCAUCAUAAAGGAAGUGUUGCCGUUUUGACUGAUUUUCACUAUUCGUCUCUCUCUCUCUCUCUCUCUCUCUCUCUCUCUCUCUCUCUCUCUUUCUCGCUAUUCUUUCUGAUUUACCCCUAAGACAAGACGUAACAAUAGGGAGGCCGUUUUUGUUUCAAUUUUACGUCAGAAUGGUCCUGCUCCUGAUUGCUUCAGUCUGACUUUUUGCACCGUACGCAAUGUUACUGCAGGGAUAGUGAAAUGAUGUUUGGCAGUGUUGCUAUAUUUAAAAAUUGUCAUUACUUUUGACAAAUAAAAUUACUAUCGCUGAAAAGUAAAAAUGACUAAAUUGAACUGAAAUUGUGCGGCAAAGUGAAACAAGUAUUUAUCAUGCAUUUACCGUAUACGUGGUUGAUUACCUUUAACAAAAAUAAGACAGAAACCACACUAUAAUCUAAAAUUAUUCAGAAAAUGGCUUCAUCAAACUUUACUAAACACCCAUGACAUAGAAAAACGGUGUCCUUCAAUAUAGUGGAUUCAAGAUACAAAAUAUUGCCGGCAUAAAAUAAAUUAAUAAGAUCCAUUUUCAUUAAUAAAAAUAGCAACACUGUUCGGAAGAUUUCGGCUGGGUGAAAAUGUACGAAAAGAAGAAUGCCGAAGGAAAAAUAAGAGGCCGAUUGUCACGUCUUGUCUUAGAUUUACCCCAUGUUUGAUCAGGACAAUGGUCAUUUAAUAGACUUUCGUCGUUUAAAAUCACAUUUUCAGCCAGGAGUCUUCAAUAACUAAACGUUUCCGCAAGAGCGAAAUUCUUCUGUAAGGAGUUUUUCGGAAAGUAAUUAAUUACAUAUAUUUAUGAACAUAAAUUGGCGCUGCAGAUCAAUUUCUCGUAAAACAUAUUUUUACCUACUUUUUACCAUAGUAAAAUAAUUUCUGAUUGGUUGGAACAUGGUACAUUGAUGUUUUUCUCGACAAAUUGAAUCUUAUUGUGCGAAAAUACCUGAGAACAGACUUAGCGUAAAGUGCGUAUGCCCAAUCCGGGCAUAACAGACUAGUAGACUUAUGCUAUUUAUACAGGAGUAGCAUUAUUUUUAUUUUUGUAUAUUUGAGCGUUUAUUGAACAUUUGGUGUAGGACAAUAGACGACCACAGAUCACAUGUACAAAUAUACCUUGUGAUAAUUUUCUUUUAUCGCGAUUGAACCCUCAUUCUACUUACCUUAGGUCUAGUAUCGAAAUUUCGUGUCCAAAAAUGUUAGCCACCUUCCGUAUGUGUGACAUAUUUGACACCACACAGGUGCACAUUCUAAGAUUUCAACUAAUCAAUCGUGCAGGAUUUUCUUUUCAAUUUCUAAAACAAUUCUAUACGUAGCGAAUACUAAACAGACUGAAAAGACAAAGGAACUUUAUGUUCCUAAGGAGUUUCAAUUCAAUAUUCAACUUUGUUAUGGGAGUAUUGUUAUUUAAUCCAUUGAAGUGAAUAAAUCUUUUGCAGGCUAAAUUGGAAUCUUCAUAUAAAAUAUUCUGAUUACAGUUGAAAAUCAAAAUAUUGAGCUUGCGCCUUUCGCUUUUUCUCUAUUUGCAGAGUGGGCAACUAAUGCGCAUCUUGUGUACAUGUUAGAGCAUCAACUUGCGCAUUAUUUACACCAGUUGCGCUUUAGUUGCACAAGCUGAAAAUAGGAGAAAAACCCAAAGGCGCAAGUUCACUAUUUCGAUUUUAAACUGCAAUCAGAAUAUAAAAAAGACCAGAUUGUAUUUGCAACGAUUGUAAGAAAUGGUGAUGUAAAAGAUCGGAUGGCUUCCUGUGAGCAAACUCAGUUAUGCAACAUCAAAUGAGGAAAACAUUUAAUUUGGAAGCAGUUACCAUAUCAAAUCGUCGUCGUACAAUUUAGCUAUCACCAUCAAACCGGAAAAAACAGUAUCCAAGGGACCAUUCAUAAAUUACGUAACGCAAAAAUUGCCCAAAAUCGACUCCCCCCUCCCCCCAUGUAACAAAUUGUCACAAAUUUCUUCAUCCCCCCUCCCCUGUUACGUAACAAAUUCCCAGAAAAUUUUUUUUUUCUUCGGUGAAAACAUGUUACGUAACGAUCUAGCGGACUCCUCCUCCCCCCUAUGUCACAACAUGUCACAACUUGUUGUACCCCCUCCCCCCCCUAAAAGCGUUACGUAAUUUAUGAAUGGUCCCCAAUGGCUUUUUCACUUUUGACUCUGCAUUGCACACUCAUUCAAACUUGGGUGUAAUCAGUCCAUCUUUCUUUUUACACUGCACCGGUGUAGUACUAGGUAAAAACGAAAUCGCUACAAUACUUCAGCCAUGCCUAUCUGUUUCGAUGCCGUUGGGAAUAGAACGAACUAUGGGAGAAGUCCUAUCUGACGGAAACCGACAACCCGAGAAUUUCAAUGAGUUCAAUUUGUUACGUCUAAUACGAAAGAGUACAAGAUCCGUUAUGAAGUAAAGGAAAAAUGCUUUCAUGCUAUACCUUGUGUAUAACUCAAGGUAUAGCGACUGUCGGUAAUAUAUGUAAUAUAUAUAAAGGUGGCCAUUGUUCUACUUUUCUACAUAAACAAGCUACGCGAAACUUGAUCAUUCACAGUCUACUCGUAACAUGUAGCACAGAUGAUAGUUGAAUUGUUUUCUCUGAAUUAAGAUAGCGUUUCUUUGUUAUUCUAGUCUCCGGCGAACAAGAACAACUUAAUUAAAAGGUUGAUAAUUAAGUAAACCCCUUUUUAACGUUUUUAAAUACUUCGUUGAUCUUUAGGACAGCUUCCAAUUUGUGAAAGGUUUAAAAUAAUCGUGAAAAUAAAGGAAAACCCGCUUGUACGAAAAUAUUGUUGGACAUUCCAUAAAAAAUGAAGCAAACGGCUGAACUAGGCACAUCAUGUUGUUUACUGAUGAUACGAGUUGAUGAAAUCAAAAAAGCUAAUACAAAAUUGUUAGGAGCAAAAAUGAGCGACUGCUAACUGGCCCCCGUGCUGCGAACGGGUCCGGCAAUCCUAAUAUUCUAGCGAGAAUUGGAUCUUCUAAUUAUAAUUCGAUUCAAUUCCAGCAAAAGCUACUAGAACGAAGUUGGAGUAUUUAAGAAUCAACCCAACUACAGAACUGAAUUGAUAGCUCGACAGUAGUUUACUUUGGAUUUUUUGUGAAUAGUUUAAUGUACUUUUAAGUCAGUAUAGUAGUAAAUUUAAGUCGUUGAGUCUACAGAUCUCUUUGGUUUCGUUUCCAACAUAAACAUAUAUAGCUUUAACAGUACAAGUGUUUGGCGAGUAACGGAAUGAAGAGCUCUCUUGCAUGUUAUAUAAAAUAAAUGAGCGUCCGAGCAUAGCGUUUGACCGAAAAGAGGUUAUGUUGUAAAUAAUUUCUUGAUUAAAAUGAACAGAUAUUGUAGCAAAGUUCUAGCAAAAACAGAAAGUGGUAAGUUAUAGUAUGUGUUAGGUGGAAAAAGUGACUGUUAUUAUUGUGUGAAUUUCAAUAGUUUUUCGCAGGAAGCGAAAUAAAUCCCCUAAAUUUAUUUCCAAUUGUUUUGCAACUUACUAUUUACACAUGCUAUGAAAUAAUUAAAAUCGUACAGUAUUCGCAAAUCUGACGCAAAGCAAAUUUCGUUGAUAUUUUUAUUUCCAAAAAAACGACAAGCCAGAAGUAAAUAAACAAUAAAAAUGAAAUAUGCUCACGAUAUUCUUAUACAUAUGAAAUGUAUUAUUUGUUAACGAACGUGAAUAAAAAUUAAGAAGUAAA